GUUAGCAAAAACGCCAAAAUCAGUCAGCAUGUAAAUUAUCGUAUCAGAUGUACCAUGCAAGAUGGGAGACAACUUGUUGGUACUUUCAAGGCCUUCGACCGUCAUAUGAAUAUAAUUCUCUGUGACUGUGACGAAUUUCGUCACGUGAAAAGCAAAGCUUCAAAACAAGAUAAAGAGAAACAAGAAAAACGAGCUUUGGGGCUGGUUCUGUUACGUGGCGAGCAUAUAGUAAGUUUUACCGUGAUCUGCUUCGAAUGUCUUGGGGUGCACUAUAACAAGAUCAGAUCAGGUCGUUCCUAUUUGUGCGAUCCGAACAUGUCCGCUUGCGCUCCAGGGAGUAUUCCCACGCGUACCAAUGUACUCAACGGAAGGUUUAGACUGUUGGCGGUUACGAAUCUAUGGUACUGGUAG